UCAAUAUGAGAGCUCUUUUGGUGAUCUGCGUCCUGGCUUUUACCUCCUCGGUGCUGGCCCGCACCAUGGACCGUUGCUCCCUGGCCCGGGAGAUGUCUAAGCUAGGCGUUCCUCGUGAUCAGCUCAACAAGUGGACCUGCAUUGCCGAGAUUGUGAGCUCCUACCGCACCGAUGUGAAGGAUCCGACCGGGAAGGACUAUGGAAUCUUUCAAAUUAAUGACUCGUAUUGGUGCAAGCCGGCCAACGGGAACUCGGCGAACGGAUGUGGCGUGAAUUGUAAUGAUUUGCUUUCGGACGACAUCACCAAAUCUGUGCGGUGCGCCCAGAAGAUUAAGGCAAAGCAGGGAUUUUCAGCCUGGGCAGUCUGGAAUCGUUGCAGCGGAAAUCUACCCUCGAUUAAUGAUUGUUUCUAA